CUUCUCUUUCCCUUUAAAACGAACUGUGCCUGAAAAAUAAAGGGGGAGUGUCCCAUUGGCUGUUGCAUGAAAAUGCACACACCACAGUAAAGGAAUAGUUCCCAAUGAAACCAAUCAACCUAAAGCAGUAUGGGACAACUAACUUUGUUUUUAAAUAGUUUUCUUUUUCUAAUUUUAAUUGUUUUUCCCUCUUCUUGCUUUUAGUUUCUUUUUUGUUUCUUUGGUUGUAUAAAAGUCUUGGCUAUGAUAGUUGGUCUUUCAAAAAAGAGUGACAGAAUUGCUUGUGUUCUCUAUGGACACAACUGCUUAGUGCUUACCCACCUUCAUAUUUAUGCUUGAAAAUUUUGAUCUGUUAGCUCCUACCUGCAACAUUGUCGUCUUAACAGAAAUAUGGUGGUUUUGUCCUCCCGGCCUUUACGCCUAGCUUAUGGUGAGUUGAAGUUUGGUAGCAGAGAGUAGCGGGGGGGAAAGAGAUAUGGCUGGCAGGGGUGGUGGAUCGAGCACUGUGAAGGCUUCAAUAGCGGGUGUUUUAUUUGUUAGUUUUCUCUGGUUUUUGUUUGUAGGAGUUUUGGCCAACAACCAGGCAACAAAAGCUGACAUAGUAGAGGCCACGACGAUCCCCCCAAGAAAUUUCGACAUUUGGAAGCUGAUAAGAAGCAACAGACAACAUUCUCUUCAUCACGCCUCUGAUUUCAACUAUGUCAGCAAAAGAAGAGUACCAAAUGGACCUGAUCCCAUUCACAACAGGAGAGCGGGGGAAUACAGACAACAGCCUCUUCAACCCUGAGUACAAAAAAGCUUCCCAUGGAGAAGCUGCAGACUGCAGUUCAUAUGCAAAUGUUUUAUUAGUUUUACAUCAUUAAUCUGUCGAGACAUCCUAGAUUAAGUUUCCAUCCUUGUUUGUUGUUCUGGCAAUGUCGGUUUUGUGCUGAAUGUAAAACAUUGAGAAAACGAAGCGUGUGAUUGUAGAGAUCAAAGACUGAAAUUACAAGCAGCAACAUGAAGCUAAAAAUGGUGGUUGUAUGCAGGGUGUUAACAAAGGCCACAGCUUUUUGAGGGGAGUCAUAUGAUAGUCAUAGGUAUGUGUUUGUCUGCACUUUUUAAGAUUUAUGGGUUGUCUUUCUUUUUUUUUUUUUUUUUUUUUUUUGCAUUGCAGAAGAAAAAGAAAAAAGAAAAUGAGAGAAUUACAGUGAAAAAAAGUGGAGUGCUUCCCAAGAAAUCUAACCGUGUGUGAAUUAAAGGAGCAUUGCCUUUGCUUUUAACGAUUGGAUUGCCUCUUUUUGCACCAAA